GUCGGGAGGAGCCAUUAAGGCGAGAGCCAAAGAAGGCGGCGCGGGCGAAGGGAGACGCGCGCAUCCCUCCGCCCAGCGUUGGGGGCGCGCAGGAGGAGACGCGCAGGGGAAGCUGGCGCGCCCGCGGAGACAAGCAGCUUUGCGCGCGGGUAAGGAAAGGGGGCGCUUGGAAAGGCUGCGGUUCCCACGCCGCCCAGGGGGCCGGGGAGUUGCUGCCGGGGCCGGGGGAGAGGCGAGCACGAGGGCGGCUCCUCCACCUCCUCUUCCUUCGCUCCCUCCGCUCCUGCGCAACCUCCGCCCCUGCGCAACCUCCGCCCCUGCCCGGACCCGCGUUGCGCAGAGCGCACGGUUUUGUUCGCGCGCGCGCUGCGCUGGAGACUGGGGUCCCCGCGCGCGCCUCCGCGGAAGCAAGGCCCCUGGGCCGGGCCGGGCUGCUCGCUCGCUCCCGCGUGAGUUUCCGCACCGGAUCCGCGGCCUUUUCGGGGAGAGCCGGGAGUUUUUGGAGACGCGCGACGUGGUUUGAUCUCUCCUUUUUUCGUUGUUGGAUUUCCCCCAAAUCCCAAUGGUGGGCGGGAUCGCGGGUCUUGCAUGCAGCCCCUGGUGCAGAGUUGGGGGUGGGAUCCGGAUCGGGCAGGCAAGAGUUGUAAACAACUCCAACCCAUCCCCCUCUUCCGCGCGCGCGCGCGCGCCCUUCCGCAGGCGCUGAGCUAAGCUGUGGCGGCGCCUAUUGUCCUUCGGUGGUCAUCUCUGCAGGCUGAAGGACCUUUUGAAAUGCCCCAGGCCGCUGGAAACCGGACGGGUUGCGCCCCUUGCCCCGCUUCCCUCUCCGGCUUGGGUGCUUUUAAAUCCGAAUUAGAUGCGUGCUGAGCGGGCUCCGCGUAGCCGACGAAGGGGAGCCUUGCAAUGGAGAUCUUCUCAAUUUCUGCAUGUGCCAUUAUUGCCGUCGAGUUCCCUUCUCUGCGGAAAGGGAUAGGCUAGCGCGCAGCUCCGCACAAAGGAGCUUUUUUCCUGUUGAGUUACUGCAAACGGCUUCUGUCCGGUUGCGCUUAAGGACAGCGCGAUCCGAUCCUGGAGGUCCUUCCUGGCCAGCCCCACAAUAGGAUCCCGGGGCCAGUGCCACGCGGGGAAAGAAACGGUGGCGCACCGUUUUGGCCCUCGAGCGCCCGGGAGUGAAUCCGAAUUGACACGUGUGUGCAGACAGCAAAAUGAAAUCUGGAUCCGGAGUGGACACGCCUCUCCAGCGGCGAGAUGUUUGUUUCCUUGUUAAUCUUUUGGGAAGCAGAGGGGAGGCCUAAACCGGAUUCAGGGAGUUUUGGGCCUUCCCUUUCCCUUGUGUGAGGAGGCAGUGAGGCCCAAGUGGUUUUUUUGGAGUGUAAACACAAAACCCAGUUGCUGGUUGUGGGUUGAUGCAGGAGGAGGCCUGGGGUGCUGUAGCUGAGAUUCAAUCACAUGCCAGAAGAUUCUGGUGGUAAUAAUAAUAAUAAUAAUAAUAAUAAUAAAUACCCUGCCCAUCUGGCUGGGUUUCCCCAACCACUCUGGGCAGCUUCCAACAAAACACUAAAAUACAAUAACCUAUUAAACAUUAAAAGCUAUUUUUCUCUUUGACAUCUGAUGGGAGGGCGUUCCACAGGGCGGGUGCCACCACCGAGAAGGCCCGGACACUGAGGUCCAGCCUGGUUCCCUGUAACUUGGCUUCUCGCAGGGAGGGAACCGCCAGAAGGCCCUCAGCGCUGGACCUCAGUGUCCGGGCAGAACAAUGGGGGUGGGGACGCUCCUUCAGGUCUGCUGGACCGAGGCUGUUUAGGGCUUUCAAGGUCAGCACCAACACUUUGAAUUGUGCUUGGAAACAUACUGGGAGCCAAUGAAGAUCUUUCAAGACCGCUCCCAGUCACCAGUCUAGCUUCCGCAUUCUGGUGGUGCAGUUAUUAGGUGGCUGGGAGGUCUUGCAACUGUUCCCCCAAAAGAUGGGGGGGGGGGGAGAUCAGCUCUACUGAUUGAGCUACCCCAGGAGUCUAAAAUUUACUCACAGAGUCAUGGGUUCAAACCCCUUGUUGGGCAAAAGAUUCUUGCAUUGCAGCGGGUUGGGCUAGAUGACCGCCGGGGUCCCCUUCCAACUCUGCGAUUCUGUGACAGGCAGUGGCUCUCCUGGGUUUUAGGCAGGGAAAUUUCCCCAGUCCUGCCCGGAGACGAUGCACGCAAGGCCCCUGCGCUAAGGCCCUUUGCCUUUGAAGCAGCCAUUUAAUCUCCCCACAAACAAAUCUAAAUGGAUUCUCAUCAAAUAGCCGGUGUUGUCGUAACUUUUGCUCCGAAGCAAGUCCCGCUGGGCUGUCUGGGUCUUAACUUUCCAGCCAGUGUGUAAUCUUUGCAGACUUCCUCUGUGUUUUUCCUGUAUCUGACAUCUGAAUGGAAGAUCUGUAUAUUGGCUUACCACAGGUGCUUGAUAUAAUAAUAAUAAUCAUAAUCAUAAUCAUAAUUUUUUAUUUAUACCCCGCCCAUCUGGCUGAGUCUCCCCAGCCACUCGGGGCGGCUCCCAAUCAAGUGUUAAAAACAAUACAGCGUUAAAUAUUAAAAACUUCCCUUAACAGGGCUGCCUUCAGAUGUCUUUUAAAGAUAGGAUAGCUGCUUAUUUCCUUCACAUCUGAAGAGAGUGCGUUCCACAGGGUUGGCGCCACUACCGAGAAGGCCCUCUGCCCGGUUCCCUGUAACUUUGCUUCUUGCAGGGAGGGAACCGCCAGAAGGCCCUCGGCGCUGGAUCUCAGUGUCCGGGCUGACCGAUGGGGGUGGAGACGCUCCUUCAGAUAUACUGGGCCAAGGCCAUUUAGGGCUUGAAAGGUCAGCACCAACACUUUGAAUUGUGCUUGGAAACGUACUGGGAGCCAAUGCAGAUCUCUCAGAAUCGGUGUUAUGUGGUCCCGGCGGCCGCUCCCAGUCACCAGUCUAGCUGCCGCAUUCUGGAUUAAUUGCAGUUUCCGGGUCACAUUCAAAGGCAGCCCCACCUAGAGCGCAUUGCAGUAGUCCAUGAUAUGAAAUUUGCCCUCACUUGCUUCUACUCUGGCUCUGGCUAUUUAUUAUUUCUUGAAUUUCUACCCCACCUUUCCUCCUGAAGGAACUCAGGGUGGCAAACAACAAAGAACAAUAAAAACGUCCUUUUUAAAACAUUCCAGUACAGCUGCAGACUGGAGGCCAUUAAUGGCGUUCAUACAUGCAGAGGAAUAGAGCGGUCGUUUUAAAAGCUUUUGUGGAAAUGCCUAAAAUGUAAGAAAAACGGCUUAGGGCUCCGAGUUCCUCAGAACUCUCUGUCAUUUCCAAAGUCCAAUAGUUUAAAAGAGAAAGAGCUUUUCUCCUACCACUGAUUUUGUAUACGUUGCAGUCGCUGUGGCAAUGAGUGCCAGAUAUCAGUGGUGCAUGAGGAAAUCGUCCCUUCCUGCUGUUUCCCUCUGGGAAAACUCACUCUUUACUGCUGAAUCGGAACAAACGUCAGUUGGGUUUUCUGCAGAUUGACACCUGUCCCGAUUCAGUGGUAAAAGAGAGGGUUUUCCCGGGGCAGGCAAACUGAAAACUGCUUGCACCUGUGCUUCCUAAGUGUGUUGCAUGCAUCUGUUUCUCUCUCUCAUAAUGCUAGAACUUCUGGACAUCCAAAUGUUGGAAGAUUCAAGACUGAGAGAAGAAAGUCCUACUUCGCACAGAGCUUAGUUAAACUCUGGAACUCCUUGCUACAAGAAGCUGUGAUGGCUGGCAAAUUGGAUGGCGUUAAAAGAGGACUGGGCAAAUUCAUGGAGGAAGAGAGGGCUAUUAGGGCUACUACUCAGGACAUCUAUGCUCUGGCUCCACAGUCAGAGGCAAAAAUGCUUCGGAAUACCACCUGCUGGAAGCCACAAGGCUUUGGGUUCAGGUCCUGAUUGUUGUUGUUUAGUUGUGUCCGACUCUUUGUGACCCAUGGACCAGAGCACGCCAGGCACUCCUGUCUUCCACUGCCUCCCGCAGUUUGGUCAAACUCAUGUUGGUAGCUUCGAGAACACUGUCCAACCAUCUCGUCCUCUGUCGUCCCCUUCUCCUUGUGCCCUCCAUCUUUCCCAACAUCAGGGUCUUUUCCAGGGAGUCUUCUCUUCUCCUGAGGUGGCCAAAGUCUUGGAGCCUCAGCUUCAUGAUCUGUCCUCCCAGUGAGCACUCAGGGCUGAUUUCCUUCAGAAUGGUUUGAUCUUCUUGCAGUCCAUGGGACUCUCAAGAGUCUCCUCCAGCACCAGAAUUCAAAAGCAUCCAUUCUUCGGCGAUCAGCCUUCUUUAUGGUCCAGCUCUCACUUCCAUACAUCACUACUGGGAAAACCAUAGCUUUUACUAUACAGACUUUUGUUGGCAUGGUGAUGCUGGAGAUCAAAUGGGCAGGUAUAGGGUAAGGCGGUCUCGCAGGUAAACAGGUCCUGAGUUCAGGGCUUUAUACCCUAAUACAGUGGUACCUUGGUUCUCAAACUUAAUCUGUUCCGGAGGUCGGUUCCAAAACCAAAGCGUUCCAAAACCAAGGCGCGCUUUCCCAUAGAAAGUAAUGCAAAACAGAUUAAUCUGCUCCAGACAAUUAAAAGCAACCCCUAAAACAAAAAUUUAACAUGAAUUUUAGUACUUAACAAGACCACUGAUCCAUAAAACGAAAGCAAUAAACAACGUUAAUGGUUCUUUUGCCUUCGCUGCUUUUAGUUCCACGCAGUCACCGAAAACAAAGUCGCAAGUCGCAGCCACAAAAAGGGAAAAGCCACACUAAAAAACCCACAAAAAAAUAGCAAAAGCACCAAACAUAAGCUCCAAAUAUCACCUCAGAACACCGCAAUCAGAAACGGAAGAAUUAGCAGCACAACACUAAAAACGGAAGCUCAGACUCUAAAUGGAGCACAUUCGGCCUUCCCAAACGAAGUUCGAAAACUGGAACACUCACUUCCGGGUUUACAGCGUUUGGGUUCCAAGUAGUUCGAGAACUAAGCUGUUUGAAAACCGAGGUACCACUGUAGUAAUAUCUUGAACUUAGCCUGUUAGCAGAUGAGCCACCAUUGCAUAUCUCUGAGCAAACUACUCCAGUCAGCACCCUGAAGGACCAGGUGCGCACUCACAGCUGUCCAAUGCGCUCUACGUGGGGCUACCUUUGAAGGUGACCCGGAAACUACAACUAAUCCAGAAUGCGGCAGCUAGACUGGUGACUGAGAGCGGCCACCGAGAACACAUAACACUGGUCCUGAAAGACCUACACUGGCUCCCAGUACGUUUCCGAGGACAAUUCAAAGUGUUGGUGCUGACCUUUAAAGCUCUAAACGGCCUCUGUCCUGUAUACCUGAAGGAGCGUCUCCACCUCCAUCGUUCUGCCCAGACGCUGAGGUCCAACGCUGAGGGCCUUCUGGCAACCCUCCCUGCGAGAAGCCAGGUUACAGGAACCAGGCAGAGGGCCUUCUCAGUGGUGGCGCCUGCCCCGUGGAACGCCCUCCCACCAGAUGUCAAAGAACAACUACCAGACUUUUAGAAGACAUCUGAAGGCAGCCCUGUUUAGGGAAGCUUUUAAUGUUUAAUAGGUUAUUGUAUUUUAGUGUUCUGUUGGAAGCCGCCCAGAGUGGCUGGGGAAACCCAGCCAGAUGGGCAGGGUAUAAAUAAUAAAUUAUUAUCAUUAUUAUUAUGCUACAGCAUUCUGCCCUUAUUCCAUCUCACAUUCUUCCUUCCCUUCCAGGUGCCCUUGGGAUGAGACUGCAUGACUCCGGAGCGAGUCUCCAGUCCUCAUUCGGUUGACGCCACCCGCAGAAUCCCCCCGGCUUUUGCUCGUGGGGUGGGAGAAGCCUCGGCCCGUAGCCUUGCCCCCGCGGAGCCCCCAGCCGCUCUGGCCCCUGCUUCCUCCCGCUCUCGCUGGCUCGCGGACUCCAAUGUUUUCCUCCGCGGCCGAGAGGGACAAAUGGGGACCUCGCUUUGACUCUCCCCCUUCCACUUCCGCCGCCGCCGCAGCCCAGGCCAGCGCGACAGGCCGGAAGAGGAAAGCCAACUUCUCCAACGACGAGACGGAGACCCUGGUCUGGAAUGUAGUGCGCCAUUUUAGCGCUCUGUAUGGGUCGGAAUCGUUCCGGGCUCACCCCGUCCGCCGGAAGCAGCUCUGGACGCAGAUCCAAAGCCGCGUCAACUUUCUCGGGUACACAGAGCGCUCCAUCGACGAUCUCAAACACAAAUGGCGGGACUUGAGGCUGGACGUCAAGAAGAAGAUCACGGCCAAGAGGCCGCCCCCGGUGCACCGGCCAGGGGCACCCCACAAACCCCGCCUCACGCCCCUGGAGAAAAUGGUGGCCUCCACUUUCCUGCAGCCCACGCAUGACUCGGAGCCAGAAAUCGUCUUGGACCCGGGUGAGUUUUCGUUUAUUAUCACCGUAUUUUUCGCUCUAUAAGACGCGAUGUAGUGAUCAGGUGGGAUUGCUAUGAGGAAUUAUAACAAAUAUAGAGUAAGCCAUCUGUGUCAGCAAUGAAAGCAUUGCGUUGACUGGGUUUAAACUAUUUUGAUAUGAUUCUUGAUCAAUCCACAUCUCUGCAUCCCUGUUCCAUUUCUCUUUCUUGACAAGUCACGUACACACUUAGACCGGCCAGGCGUCCUGGGUCAUCAAAGACAGUGGGCAGUUUCUGAUAUGUUAAUCUUAGGAUGUUAAUGUUAGGGCCAGGAAACAGGUUUCAUAUAAAGGUGAUAAUGAUCGCUGUCUUACUGGCCAUCCUUCUUAUCAUGUGUAUUGAUUGUUUAUGACCUCCGGGGUUGCUGUAUUCGCUCCUUUGUGGUUUUAUUUAUUUACUCCAAAAGUAUGCAUGCUUAACUAGUGUUUGUAGUUUAAUUUUGUCCCCACGUGGGGUUUGUUGAAAUGCUCAGAAGAAAUCUGAUUGGUUCUUAGGAACACUCUGUAAAAAGCUCUUUUGUGAAUAAAACGACCUGGGCCGGAGGGGGACAGAGAUUAUUAUACGCACCCUUCCCAGAGUCUUGCUGGUUCAAGCCUCUGUGUGUAUUCUUAUUAAUCAGAGUUCAAUCCUUCCUUUACUAUGGGAACGCCUCAACGCACCUAGUUUUUAGAGGAGGAAAACAAGAAACAAGAAAGCAACGCAAAGUCUCUUGCGCGAAGACGCAGGAGUGCUCCCGCUGCGCCUAGGAGGCUUCGCGUUGCUUUCGCUGAAGCCAGGAGAGCAAGAGGGAUCGGUGCGAUCCCUCUUGCUCUCCUGGCUUCAGCGAUAGCUGCGCAGCCUGCAUUCGCUCCAUAAGACGCACACACACAUUUCCCCUUACAGUGGUACCUCAGGUUAAGUACUUAAUUCGUUCCGGAGGUCCGUACUUAACCUGAAACUGUUCUUAACCUGAAGCACCACUUUAGCUAAUGGGGCCUUCUGCUGCUGCCGCGCCGCGGGAGUCCGAUUUCUGUUCUUCUCCUGAAGCAAAGUUCUUAACCUGAAGCACUGUUUCUGGGUUAGCGGAGUCUGUAACCUGAAGCGUAUGAAACCCGAGGUACCACUGUACUUUUUAGGAGGGGGAAAGUGCGUCUUAUAGAGCGAAAAAUAAAGUAUAUAUAAGCAAGACUGUCUGAGCAUCUUGCACCCAUCCUGGUUCAACUGCACUGGCUGCCGAUUAGUUUCCGGGCCCAAUUCAAAGUGCUGGUUUUGACCUAUAAAGCCUUAAAUGGCUCGGGACCGCAAUACUCCAUUGGGUGAAGAAUGCCGCGGCAAGGCUCCUUACGAGGUCCUCUCCAUGGGACCACAUUCACCCAGUGCUUUUCCAGCUGCACUGGCUCCCGGUGGAGUACAGGGUCAGGUUUAAGGUUCUGGUUUUGACCUUUAAAGCCCUUCACGGCCUAGGACCCUCGUACCUACGGGACCGCCUCUCCUGGUAUGCCCCACGGAGGACCUUAAGGUCCAUAAAUAGCAACACCCUAGUGGUCCCAGGCCCUAAGGAAGUCAGAUUAGCCUCAACCAGAGCCAGGGCCUUUUCAACACUGGCUCCAGCCUGGUGGAACACUCUGCCUCAUGAGACCAGGGCCCUGCGGAAUCUGAUUUCUUUCCGCAGGGCCUGUAAGACAGAGUUGUUCCGCCUGGCCUUUGGCUUGGAAUCAACUUGAUCCCCUCCCCCUUUUUCAUUUUCCUUCUGUGAUGGAACCCCUAUUUGGGGACUUCCCUGGCUUUUUUCUGGCCCACCUAGGACCAGUCUGGAUAGUUGGCCUUGGUGAAGAUGUGACGUUUCCUCCCCCCAAACAGAUUUUGAUCUGGGCUUCCAUUGAAACGAGGCUGCAUUUUAAUGUUGUAUUUUAAUCUUGUUUUUAAGUUGUAUUUUAAUCAAUUGUUUUUAUUCCUGAUGUUAGCCGCCCUGUGUCCAUGUAUCCAUGUUUGUUAACUGAUGUGGUUAAACAGUUAAAAAAAAAAAAAAACAGACUGAGUUUUAACACACAUGAAAAACUUAAAACAAAUCCUUAUUUCCUGAUGAAUAACCUUUGGACUAGAAUGUAACUUAAAUAGAAAACUAUCUUUAGAAAGAGUUUUCCUCCAAAAGCAUUUUAUUUUAAAAAUCCAAUUUAAAUUUUAAAAAUCUGAUUUAAAUUUUUAAAAAUUCAUUUUAAAACAUUCUUUUUUAAAAAAAACCCAACAUUGAUUUUUAUCCAGCCUACUUUAUACCUUUUCUACGAGACUCCUCCCUCUGUUGACCGCUGCCUGACGUUGACUUGAAGGGAUAAUGCAAUGCUUUACUUGUUUUCUUGCCCUGCAGAGAUUUUCUUCCCUGGAGCGUUCAAGCAGUCCUUUGUAGCUUUGCAACCGGGCCUCAACCACCCCAGUAUCUACAUUGACACCAACGGGCAACCUUCCUCCCUCCCUGACGUGGAAGGCUCCCUGGUGCCUCGCGUGGGGGUCCAGAGCCCUGACCCCUCCUCUAUGCUUUGCGAAUACAGUCGAGGCGAAGGGCAGAGCAGCUCAGGUGGGUAUCGCUGGUGCCAUUGCAAACGGCCUGGACAUAGCAAUAACAACAAUUAUAACAUUUAUUACAAUAUUUAUAUGCCAUCCAACUGCUCCAGCCGCUCUGGGCGGCUUCCAACAAACUAUAAACUCACAGAAAAACACCACAUAUUAAAAGCUUCCCCAUACAGGGCUGCCUUCAGAUGUCUUCUAAGAGUCAGAGGGCUUUCUGCAAACAGGGAGCCACCACAGAGAAGGCCCUGUCGUGGGGUCACUGGCUGCAGAGCUUGUUCUCUGCCCCUGAGCUUCAAAGCUUCCCCACUGGAAAAUCCUGGGGUGUGGAAAUCUGCAGCCGGUCUGAUCUCGUUCUUUUGAGCAGGAUGAGUGCCUGUCUUUUAACUGCCCACCUCUUGGAUUUGAUGGGGGAAACUGAGGAGGUGGUGGGCGGUUCAGACUAGAGGCUAAGAAUAAAUCCAUGUUGCGUAUUUUCCACUAUGUUUGAUACUUGCACACCACUUGGGAAAUUAAGCGGUUUAUGAAUGAACUUUCAGUCUCAUUCCCGGCAUUGCUUUUGAUUUCGGCAGUUAUGAUCAAUGCCGUUUUGAGAUCCAGCAGUUAAAAAUCGAUGCCCUUUUGAAAGGUUCCUUCCACCAUCUUGGUUCAUAGUGGCAUCCGGUAGUACCCAAACAUAGAGGGAAACCUGUUCCUUCAUCCCUGGGACCACCGUGCAAAAAUUGGUUACGAUAUAUUAGUACAUAGUGAGUUGACAAACAUCCCAAAAUAUAUACCAUAUUUUUUUUGCUUCAUAAGACGCACGUAGUUUUUAGAGGGGGAAUGCAAGGAAAAAAUAUUCUUUAAAGGGAGCGCUGAGCAAAGCCUGUGUGCAUCCCAGGCUCUGCUCAGCACUCCCUUUCACGAGCCGCAUGGAGCGUGUGUGCAAUGCUUGCGGGCUUUUCCCCGAGGAGGGAGAAGGGCAGCCUGUCACUGAUGGGUUGCCCUUCUUCCUCCUCAGGGAAAAGCCCCCAAGAGCCGCACACACACUCCAUGCGGCUCUUUAAAGGGAGUGCGGCUCUUGGGGGCUUUUCCGGGACGUGGGGGAAAGGACAGAGCGCGGCUAAGCCAGAAGCUAGAACAGCAAGAGGGAGCGCAGCGAUCCCUCUGCUGUUCUGGCUUCUGGGGUAGCUGAGCAGCCUGCAUCUGCUCCAUAAGACGCACACACAUUUCCCCUUACUUUUUAGGAGGGAAAAAGUGCGUCUUAUAGAGCAAAAAAUACGGUAUCAAGCUGGCGGCCUGUAUGUGGCAUUGCCCAAUAAUUCUUAGAAGCCUAGAUACUGAAAGUUUUUCAGCAGCUGCGUGAAAGUGCUUGAGUGACUUGUCAGAGUCUGUGUCUGUCUGAGGCUUGUAUUCCCUGCCUUGAUGUCGUUCUCUCGCCCGUUGCAGCCGAAUCGGGACCAGAGCUACGGACCCCGGAAAUGUCCGCCAUGUCCCCCCAGCUCCGAAACGAAUCCCUCGUCUCCUACGCUUCCGAGGAGGAGGAUCAUGACGGCCCGGAGGCGGAGGGCAGGAUGAGUCUCCAAGCGGCGCUGGAAGCUCGGCUGUCGGCUGAAGAAGACCUGAAGUUGUCCGGCCGGCAGGCUGCGAUGCUUAUCCGCAGGUGCAACUCUCAGGGGUCGGCCGCCUCCCUGCCAGAGGACGCCCUCAGCCACGCAGACGCCCACUCAGACUGGGACCACGAGGGGGGCCCUGACGUCCCCGCCCUGGGCCGCUCCCUCGACGCCUCUCAGCCGGAGGAAGAGGAGGCAUCCAGCCAGGCCGCGGAGACGGGCUCCUUGCCCCGGGGGCUUCUGGGGCCUGCGUGGGAGAAGCAGGAGGAGGAGCAGCAAUCCCGGUCUCCUCUGCACACCGGGGCCCUCACCGAAGAGUCCCUGCCAUCCUCUGCUUCGCCUCACGCAGACCAGGCUCCCGCCCCACGGGCCUUGCCCAGAGGGAUGGGGUGCUCCCGCCGGCGCGAGGGUGGCCGGGAAACCUGGCGGACUAACAUCCGGCGGCUGAUGGACAUGGAAGACCAGUGGGACCAGCUGUACCACCAGGAGCUCGCCAUGUGGCAAGAGGAGAGGGCCCAGCAGCGAGACGAGCGGGCCCGUGACAGGGAACUCCAGUUCCGGCUUCUUGGGGUCCUCACCGACAUCCGGGACGAACUGCGGUACUUGCGGCAAGAAAGGGCCGUGGCGCGGCAAGACAGGGCCGCGGCCCGGCAGGAGAGGGCGUCACAAACGGUCGCCCAAGCCGCCUCUCCUCCGAAACCCGAGGCAGCCCCUCCAGAGACGGCCCCCGACUGCACCCCUCUCUUCUUUCCUCUUAAAGCCGAAGGGGGCCUUUCCGGACCGCACCCGGGGAGCGUCGGCCGGGGAGAGGCAGCCAGGGCGAGGCGGAGCCCCCACGGCGUCUCCCGCCGGGGCCGAGGCCGUCCUCGCGGCUCCACGUCCAAGCACAGAAGGAUGUUUGUGCCCAGCAGCUAGGGGCGAGCGGGCGUUUCCUAAAUCGAAAUCAAAUAGACGUUGUUUGUGUACAGAGCUCCGGAAUUUCCUCCAGGUGGGCAAACGGAGGGCAGAGAGAACAAGAGUGCUUGUGUGUGUGCCUGAUGACAACGUGUGGGAAUAUAUACAGUGGUACCUCUGGAUGCGAACGGGAUCUGUUCCAGAGUCCCGUUCACAUCCAGAAGCGAACGCAACAUGCAUCUGUGCGGGUCGCGAUUCACUGCUUCCACACAUGCGUGUGACGUCAUUUUGAGCACAUGCGCGAGUGGCGAAACCCGGAAGUAACGCGUUCCGUUAUUUCCAGGUCGCUGCAGAGCGCAACCCGAAAAUGCUCAACCUGAAGCAACUUCAAGGUAUGACUGUGUAAGGUUUCGUUGCACACUGUGCUUGGGCUUUGUACGUGGACCCGAAAAGGAAUCGCGAAUGAUUGUGUGCGACAGCUUGGCCAUUGGCGAAUGAAUGCAUGCGGCGGUGUUUUGAGUGCGGGGAAGUGGCAAGGGCGUACGGCUACCCUCACGGAAGAAAUGUCUGCGGUGUCCCUUCUACAAAUACCGAAACAUGGGCUGCGGGGAAAGGGCUGCUCAUUGUCGAUACACUGCAAGAAACACAGAGCCCACCAGCGAGUGGCGCUCAGCAGUGGAAGAGGGUGCUGGCCGGACAGGGCAUUCGAUGGGCAACUGGCUCUCGGAUUUAAUACCAGGGCAGCCGUAAGCAAGGGCAGAGAAGGGUGUUAGCUGGGAAGGACACACUAAGUGUGCGUGUGAUGGAAUGUGUGUUUGUGUGGACAAGUGCGGAACGUGUUUUGUAUGAGUAGGAUUGUGGGUUAGUUGCUGUUCUUCAAGCAUUUUCUGCAACUCAUUUAACGGACUGAUUUGCCUAUGUAUCUAUAAACACUUUUUGGAAAGAAAAAGCAAACAACCAGCCGAACAGUUUGUCUUGUGUAUUUUAGUUACUGGGGAAAGACUCUCAGCGGACCCUUUAAAAAAAAGAAUUGGUGCCAGAGGUCACUUUUGAGAAUAAUUCCCCCGAACCGAUCGUUUCUGAUUUGGGACAAGGAGUUUACUUUGGGAGGUGGAGAGAGCCAUAGAACAUUGCCGUCCUUGGGGUGCCUUUUGCCUUCCCAUUUGCAUGAUGCUUCAACAUCUGGGACCCUCCAGAUGUUUUAGACUUUUUAAUAUUAUUAUGAUCAUUCUUUCCUGAAUUCAUGCACCGUCCUAUACCCAGAGGUCUCAGUGCGGUUCACAGAAAAGAUGGAUGCAAUACAGUGGACGCUCAGGUUGCGAACAUGAUCCGUGCGGGAUGCACGUUCACAACCUGCGCAUGCGCGGGUUGCGAUUCAGCGCUUCUGAGCAUGUGCAAAGCGCGAUUUUGCACUUCUGCGCAUGCGCGGCCGCCAAAACCCGGAAGUAACUCCUUCCAGUACUUCCGGGUUUCGGCGGUCCACAACCCAAAAAAAUGCAACCUAAAGCGGCUGUGACACGAGGUAUGACUGUAUAUAAAAUCAAAGUAAGAACAAUAACCCAGUAACACACACAUACACACACGGUUAAUUAAUCACAAUUAUAUCCCACUUUUAUUUCAAAGAGCUCAAGGUGGUGGUCACCCAGCGAGUUUCAUAGCCGAGGGGGGGGGAUUUCAACCUGGGUCUCCCACGUUCAAGCCUGGCGCUAACCACUGUGCCAUACUGCUUCUAUGGACCACAAUUCCCAUCUGCCAGAAUGGUGGAAAACUCAGGGCGGGGGGAAUAACAUGGCUAAUCCAGCCUCCAGCAAGGGGGUGUUUUUCAUAACACGACUCUUGGCAGCCCCAGCUGUCUGAUGCUGGCUCUGACAGGAACUCUGACCCACAACAUCAGGGGGACAAGGGAAGCAGCCUGGCAAAGGCUGCCCUAAUCUAGGGGUAGGCCUAAGGCUGAAAGCUUUCCCUCCAAAAAUAAAUAAGAAGCUGGAAGGUGUGUGGAGGAAAGCAGCCGAAAUGGUAAGAGGCCAGACCUUAUGAGGAACAGUCGAAGGAGUUGGGGGUGUUUAGUUUGGUUAAAGUAAGGCUGGGGGGUGCUAUCGUAGGCAACUUCAAAUAUCUCGAGGUGUUAUCCCAUGGAAGAUGGAGCGAACUGGUUUUCUCCUGCUCCAGAGGGCAGGACUCGAACCCAUGGCUUCGAGUUACAGGAGAUUCCGACUAAACCUCAGGAAGAUGGCAGUAAGAUCUGUUCUGACCGUGAAACGGACUCCCUCAGAAGGUGAAACAGGCUCUCCUUCCUUAUUUAUUUAUUUAUUAUUUGCUUUUCCGUCAUACCUUGUCGUCAACGCAUACUAUGUGACAGAAGACUAAUCAGAAAAUAUUAAAUAUUAUUUUUAAAUAAUAUUUAUUACUUUUCCAACAAUUUAAACACUAC